UGUCCCCCGUGUCCCUGAUGUCCCCGGUGUCCCCCGGGAGCAGCAUCGCGGCCAGACAGGGCUCCUGCCAUGGUGCCCCUCACCCCCAGCGGCAGGGGACGGGCGGCUUGGUGGGGACCGAGGGGUGGCAGCGAAGCCACCAUCCCCCCGGGGAGCUCACGUGGGACCUCACGGGACAGAGGAAGGGCCGGGGCGGCCCCGUUCCGGGGGUGUCAGCAGUUUUGGGGGAGAAGGAAGUGGCCAGAGGCUCCGUCCCGCUCGCCCCGGGGCUCCCCAAAACCCCGGCGCUCCCCGGGGGUCCCCGCCGGCACCACCCAGGAGGACACGGGCAGCCCUGGGGCACCACCCCAGCACCCCCUGGCCAUGGCAGGGCGGCUCCUGCCCUCGGAUACCAACCAGGCUCUGACUGUCCAGGAUGUCCCCUCCUUCCACCCACCCCUGCAGGUGCCCCCCCAGCACACGGUGACACGGGUGCCCAUCAUCCGCCACCGCGGCUCCAACACCCUCAACUUCCACUUCCAUGACUCAGAGCCCAAGAUUUCGGAGCCCAAGAACUCAGUGAACGAGUGGUACCAGACCUGGCCGGCCAAGGAGGUGAAAGCCCCCAACACCACAGUGCCCGCCGGCCCCACACCCACCCCCAGGGCCGCCCCCACCCGCCCGUGCCCCCCGGGCUGGUCGGCCACCUGGACCAAGGACAGCAAGCGGCGGGAGCGGCGCUGGGUGAAGUACGACGGCAUCGGGCCAGUGGACGAGACGGGGAUGCCCAUCGCCUCCCGCUCGAGCGUCGACAGCCCCCGGGACUGGUACCGCAGCAUGUUCCGGCAGAUCCACCGCAAGCUGCCAGAGCCCGAAUGGGACACCCACCCCUGCCCCGCCACGGCGCCUCCAUCACCCCCCAAACCGCGCAGGAGGGGCUCGGCACCGGCUGAGCCCCCCGGGAUGCCCAACGGGACGGACUGGACGCGCUGGGGUGACACCGGUGCCACCGCGGAGCCCGGCAGCAUUUUUGACUAUGAACCGGGGAAAUUCUCGCCCCUGGAGCAGCCCCCAGGAGCGGCACGGCGGGCUCAGUCCAUCGAGGUGCUGCUGGAGCAGGAGCUGGAGCAGCUCAGCGAGGAGCUGGACAAGGACAUGAGGAAGAUGGAAACGUGCCGGACCCCCCGCCAGAGCCCGGCGGCUGCUCCCACCGCUCGCUCCCCUGCUCCGGCCUCCCCGGCUGCUCGGAGCCCCCUGUCACCCCACCCACUGCGGAGCCCCCCCGGCACCCAGCGCUCCCCCGCCAGCCCCGGCAUGGAGAGGGGUGUCCUGGGGCUGGCCAGUGACCGGAACCGUGCAGCCCCCGGCAGAGACACCCUCAGGCCAGGGACCCUCCCCAGCCUGCCCGACCUGGGAGAUCCCGCCGAGACCAUCAGGAGGGAGGAGAAGAAGAUGAAAGCUGCUCGCCUCAAGUUCAACUUCCAAGCCGAGUCUCCCAAGGAGCUGACGCUGCAGAAGGGGGACAUCGUCUACAUCCACAAGGAGGUGGACAGGAACUGGCUGGAGGGCGAGCACCACGGCCGGGUGGGCAUCUUCCCCUCCAACUACGUGGAGAUCCUGCCCCCCACGGAGGUGCCCAAGCCCAUCAAGGCGCCCACCAUCCAGGUGCUGGAGCACGGCGAGGCGCUGGCGCUCUACAACUUCCGAGGGGAGCUGCACGUCGAGCUCUCCUUCCGCAAGGGCGAGCGGAUCUGCCUGGUGCGGCGAGUGGACGAGAACUGGUACGAGGGGCGGAUCUCGGGCACCAGCCGCCAGGGCAUCUUCCCCGCCACCUACGUCCAGGUGCUGAAGGAGCCGCGGGUCAAGGCCACCGCCGAGGACAUCCCCCCCUCGCCCACCCCCGCCAUGUCCCCGUCCCUGCAGCGCUCGCCCGCUCCCCGCGUCCCCCAGAACCCCACCGGCUCCCCCCGGGCGGCGGAGCGGCGUCCCGGGGUCGCGGGUGGGCACCUCGGCGCCGCCUUCCCCCCCCCCCCGAAGCUGCCCCCCCCUGGCCCCCCCCCCCCCCCCCCGGCCUCUCCCACCCCCCCCCAGCCCGCGGCCGCCCACCCCCACCAGGAGCCGCGGCGCCCAGCCGGGCCCCCCGGGCAGCGUGCGACCCCAGGGGUACCCACCAGCGCCCGCCCCGAGCCCGCCCCGUCCUACAACGGCUCCGAAAUCCGGUGGACCCCGUACCGGGCGCUCUACCAGUACCGGCCCCAAAACGCCGACGAGCUGGAGCUGCUGGAGGGGGACCGCGUGGACGUCAUGCAGCAGUGCGACGACGGCUGGUUCGUGGGCGUGUCCAGGAGGACGCAGAAAUUCGGCACUUUCCCCGGGAAUUACGUGGCGCCGGUGUGACCCGCGGCCGCGGCGGGGGACGCGAGGGACGGGGCCGGGGGGCUCGCCCCGCUGCCCCACCUCGGCCACGCCGUGUCCCCGCAGUGUCCCCUCCGCGGGGAUGAAGCGCCUCCAGCUCCCUCCCGCCCCUAUGGGGCUGCCUCUUAACAGGGACAAAUCCCCCCAGCGCGGGGGGUCUCCCCCACCCCAGUGCCUUAACACGCCCCCUCCUCACCGCUGCCCGGUGCCCGCCGCCCCGGGGGUCGCCCCGGGGGUCCGCCGGUGCCGGGCCUGACCAUGACGGCCGCGACCCGGGAUGCGGGUCGGCGUCCGGGAGUCGCCUUUGCUUCUCGUCCAUCAUUAAAAGCUCAGCUCAGCCCGA